CGCUUUAGGGAGGGGUUUUCAGCAGAUUUUAAUAGGCAAUUAAUAGGGGAUAGUUAAUCGAUUGAGAUCAUGGUUAUAAAAAAAACAAGGAUGAAGUACAGGGGAGGAACAGAGAGUGCGAGGAGGAGAGAAGGUCGUGGUGGGCAGUUCCGACGAACACAGCCACAGGAUCAAAAUGAAGAAGAUGACGUGAUUCCUGAGAAGAGGAGGAAGGCGUGCGAACCGUGGACGCGCGAGGAGUUCCAGGAACGCAGCGGCGACGAUGAAUCUUGACGUUGACUUCGACGUUCGUGUCAUUUCCGGCGUCGACAAGGCGAGUAGUGAAGCAGGGCAAAUGGAGAGGGUGAGAGCCUACCCUCCAAAGCGCCGGGGAGUUUCGGCAAUCCGUCAUUGGCCUCCGAAUUGUGGGCCGAGGAGAGACGAGCUGGUUGCCGGCAGCGGCGGUGAAACAACGACAAUGGUGACCGUUGGGGAAUCGUUGCUCGAGGAAGAAGAGGAGCCAGAGGAGUGUGAUUGUUGUGAGUUCGAAGAUGGGGAGGAGGACGAUGGUGGUGGAGGCCGGAGACAGGACAGCGGUGGCAACAUCGACGACGGCGAGAAGGUGAGAAGAUCCCUCCUGUAACUUUGGAAUUUCGAUGGCAUAGUCUAGAGAAUUAGAUGAAUAAUUGAGGGUAAAUUGGUCUUUUAGAGACAAGGGCGGUUUGGGAAUUUUUUUUAGAAUUUUGGGUGUCAAUUCGUAAAUUACCAUGGCAGGGAUUAAUUCGUAAUGGGUGAAGGUUUGGGUACCGAAUUGAAGUAAGCCAACUGGACUGGAAUGUUAAAUCAGAAAGUUGAAAUUGGCAUGGAGGACUAAAUUGUACAAUUCUGGAAGUUGGGGGCCGAAUUGGUAAAGGUCAGGAACUCUGGGUACCAUUUUGUAAUUCGUCAUUUUGGGGCAAAUAGGUAAUUUUCCAGAAUUUUGUGGGGAAUCCUAGGAAAGAUUAAAUGGAGGAAUUUGGGUUUGGAAUCAACCAAAUUUGAGGUCGUUUGAUUAGUUACGUUUGUAGAAAGGAGUAUUAAGUUUUGCCUAAAUACUUAAUAGGAGAAUUUGCAAGGAGAUGAUUGAGCGUGGAAUCUCGGACGAUGACAUGGAUCAACCGGCAAUAAAGAGGGGUCGUAUUGAUCAAUCAAGGUCGGCUAAUAAGGUGAGUGUAAAGGGGGGUAAAAUCUCCGUCGAGGUCUUUUAGUUUAUGCCUUUUUAAUUCAGUUAUGUUAUUUAAUUUUCAAGUAAGCGCGAUUGUGUUUGUGAGGUAUCCCACCGCCUACUUAAGGUGGAGGCACGCGUUGUGCUAUGUAUGUAUGUGUUUAUGAUGUAUGGUUGAUGGUAUGAGGAACCCCCGGGCGGUUGGGCCACUACUGGACGUGGUAGAUGGUCGGGUCACUACUGGACGGCGAUACGUAACGCAGUAGUUGACCGGGCAUGGACUGGACGGCGAUACGUAACGCAGUGUCAUUUCCUUGAGGAUAGGGACACCGGACGGCGACACGUAACGCGGUGAUUCCCUAGUAUAAGUAAGUUAAGGUAGUAGUAGUAGAGAACUUCUAUGGCUUAAGGUUAAAAGUUGAAAACCUCUAUGAGUUAAAGUCGAAGUGAGUUGUUAAGGAUGAAAGUGAGAACGACUUUCAUCUAAGGAAAGGAAACGCUAAUAACGUGUUUUAGUAAGGAGAUUUCUAAGGGCAGAGACCUUAGGAAGUAACGACGAGACUGACCCCUUCUCACUCACCAGGUUGAGUUGGGUUAGCGGAAGUGCAUCCCGAGAAGAAGUAAGAUGAGGUGACCGGACGUGCCAGUACUAGUGAUAUGUCAAGGAGCUGGGUGAAGAGUAGAGUUAAAACUUGAAAGUUAUUUUAUGAUUAUGAGUAUAUGUACUGGAGAUUCAAGGUUCAAGAUGCUGGGCUAAGUUGUUUAAGUAUUUGGAUUUUGAUUGCCCAAGUGUUAGGGCUUUUCGUUUGAACUUCUUAAAUAAUGUCAGUUUGUUUAUUUUAAAAAGUGGUUUGGUUGCUCCGGAGUAACCGGUUUUUGGUUUGAGUUAUGGUUUGGUUUUUGAAAAGAGACGGGACGUGUCAGGUCUAGUCGAAACCUUAGAACCUUGUUUUGGUUUUAGGUUGAAGAUGUGGAACAUCAUGCUACGUUUGCCACCACCCAAAAAGCUUUUUCCCCAUGUCCAAGACAACAACCAGUAAUUUGAACCCGUGUCUAAGACCUCCGGACAAGCUAGUGAUGACACCCAUCCUUGUGAGCUCUAGCAUUUAGAGGCUACUGUCAUGGUGAAGAGACGAUAAGGCUGAGCGUUUGAGUAUGAACAUCUUUUCCAUCAAAAUGGUCCUGACCCCAUUGGUCGAGAGUGAGUGAUUUAUUCAUCAUGCUUUGUUAUUAUCAUGUAUCCCGGCGAGUACAUAGUUUUCUCAGUCAUUGGUUCCUAUUACGUGAUCUUUAUGCAUGGUUAACUGUGAUUGGUGAGUCGUCAUUAUAGGUUUUGUUUUGGUUUGUGCAGGGGCGGACCCACUCUUUGUUAAGCCUUGUCAGUUGACAAACCUUACUUAUUAAGUUGGACCAAAUUAAGUUGUAAAAAUUAU